AUGUGGAUUCUCGACUCGACGGGGGAAUUCUUGGGCGGGAAGCGCGUGUGGCUGCGACCCGGUAAGAAGUAUCUUUUCGGUCGAAUCAAGCAGGAUGGUGUCCUUCAUGCGGUCAACCAUAAAACCAUCUCACGUAAACAUAUCGUGAUUCAAGUCCUCGAGGUGAAGGAAGGUGAUGGGACUCGCACGCACGCACGAACCCAGGUUCGAAUUACUGAUCUCGGAUCAUCUCGCGGAACAACAGUGGAUGGAGAACAAAUCAAAGGUCUUGAACGUGUAUUGAAUGGGGAUGAGCACACGAUUCAGUUGGGUCGAGCUCCUGACACUCUUCGACUAAAAUGGGAGCCAGUGGUAUUAAGUUUCUCUUUCUCUUCCAAAGAAAUGAGAUCCCAGGACCCUCUAGCCAAAGUCCGUUCACGACUCGAAGCUCUCGACAUCAAGACCGUGAUCGAUUACCUCGUUGGUCACACAACACACGUGGUCCAAAGCAAGCGUAAUACCGCAAAAGGUCUCCAGGCGCUCAUCAAUGGCAAAUAUAUUGUGCAGAACUCCUACAUCGACGCACUGGUCUAUGCCGCCUCGCCGAGCGAUCUCGAAAAUGAAGAGUCGUUAUCGCCGUUGGAGAUAGAUUUCGAUGCGUCGUGGCCGGAGCCGAUGCAACAUCUCCCACCUGCUGGCAAUGAACCCACAAGCCGCUCUGCAGGAGCCUUUGCCCCUAACCCGUCCCGAGUCAAUGUUUUCGAGGGAUACACUUUCGUUUUUGGCGAUGCUGCCCAAUUUGCCAACCUGCAGGCAGCCAUCAACAAUGGCCAAGGGAAGGCGUUAUUAUAUGAAGUCAAAGAUGGCGCGACCACCGCGUCAGAUAUCAUCCAAUUCAUGAAGCAAGCCGUGGGCUACACAGGCCGUGGGGCACCGGAGGGUGUUGUUCUCGUACGCUUUCGCUCGAAGGGGGAGUAUGAGCAAUGGUCUAUUGAGCUGGGCAAUGAGGUUGCACUGGCGAUUGACCGACGCGUCAUUGAGCAAAGGGAAUUUUUAGAUGCGAUUCUUGGGAAUGAUGCUUCCCCACUUUGUCGCCCUCUUCCGCGCGAGGAAACACCGAUUUCAGCCCCUGUAGCUGCUACGCCACGCGAAACCGAGCCAACUUCUGCAAGAUUACCGGAAAUAUCAAGGUCAAGGUCAAGGUCAAGAUCAAGGUCAAGAUCAAGGUCAAGAUCAAGGUCAAGAUCAAGAGGGGCUCGAGUGCGCCCCUUUGUGAGUAAAAUGAAGACUUUUGAUGAUGGCUUCGACAUGAACACCAUCCCUACUCAUACACCGGAGGCCGACGAUGUCACUGAGAGUCAGCCAAUGGAUAUGGAGCCGGAGGAUUCUCACCUGGCUCAACCCCUUGGUACGGUCGAAGAGGAAGUCGGAUAUGACAUGGUGUCUGAAAUGUUGCCCGGCGCACGUGCAAUGAAACGCCGGCGCGAAGAGAUGGGGGAGGAUCAGCGCGCCGGCAGGGCCACCCGUGUCAAAACAGAGGCCCCCAAGCCAAAGCGUCACAAGAUGGAUCUGCUAGAGGAAGCACGCAAGCAUCGGGAGGAAGAAGAAGAAAAACAGCGCCAGGCAACGGGGCAUACACUUGGAUCCCAGGAUGUAAAUAUUGAGGAGCUGAAGAAUCUUGCCAUCAUCGAGGAGAUGGAUGUCCCUUUGCGCAAGCCACCUGCCCGCGAAAGCGAAGUUACCGAGAGAUGGGACGAGAAAUGGAAUGGUCGCAAGAACUUCAAGCGUUUCCGACGGACAGGCGAUUCGCAGCGUACGCGCCAGCGAAUUCAAACCGUGAUAGUCCCAUUGGAAGAAGUGACACGCAAGGACAUCGGGAUCGGUGAGUACCAAUGGGUCAGCAAAAGCAAGAUAAAAACUCCCGAGGUCAGUCAGGCUGCCGAAAUUGAAGAAUCAAGUCUUCUCCGAGAAGAGCGAGCUGUAUCAGCUGUGUCACGAUCAGAACUUUCGGUACCAGCCUCGGUAAAUACAGACCCAACUCCAUCGCAGUCAAGCUUGUCUCUUGCUCGCAGCCAGAAACGACCGCGGCAAAUACAGACGAAUGAUUCGGAUAGCGAUGAGGAGCUCCGCUUCCGAUUCAGAAGGAAGCGCUAG